AUGGAUCACGACCACGCGCACGACAUGCCCGAAAUGGGUAGUGGCGAUGGCGACGCUUUCUGUGCAGGGUCAGGCCGGGUUAUGAUGUCAGGAUUCCAGUUGGGCUUCGGCCCCGACCAGCCCUGCGUGCUAUUCUUGUUCCAAGGGUGGGUGAUGAAUGAUGCUGGUAAAUACUUUGCUGGCUGCCUCGGCUCCUUUCUCAUGCCCGUCGCAAUCGUGGCCUUACAGUCCAUCCGUGAGAUGGUGGUGGAGAGCUCGGCCUCCAAGGGGAGGGUGAUGGGAAUGCUCUACGAUGCCUUGGCUGCCGUCCUCUUCGGCUUGCAGAUGUUCUUGGCGUACUCGGUGAUGCUCCUGACCAUGACCUACGAAGCGGUCAUGUUUUCCUGCAUCCUCGUCGGGUUCGCCUUUGCUUGGUUUGUCCUACGCCGCAUGAAGCGCCACAAGCAUGCGGUGGACUUGAGCAAGUCGAGUGUGGUGGGAGCUCCUUGCUGCUCCUCAAUGGAGGAUGCCAUUGCCUAG